UUACUUUGACCCUUCAUAAACAUCCUGGUGGCAGAUAUGAUUGAGAGUCAUGGGAGGAUCCCACCAAUCAAUGUCCGUGUGACCUAUGCCCUUGGAAUAGUCACCCUUUUCCCCAAUUUGAAGGAUAAGGCCUCACCAACUGGAUACGAACAUUACUAUGAUCCUCACAGUGGCCAAGGUUACUUGGCCUACAGAUUGAAAACAGUUCAGCGCAAUACCACAAGUAAUUUCAAGAGGAGCCCCAAGUCUGCUGAUCAACAUGGCCCUAAGACCCAGCGUGAGACAUCUACAUCUGAGCAGCUGUCAGGUGAUGAAUGCAGAGAAGUGAUGUCUGUGAUGAAGCAUUCAGCAGACCAACCAGUUGUGAGGGAGAAAAUGAAGGCAACCUUCAAGCACCGUCAGAGUAUGCUACACGAUCCAGACCAGUCUUCAGUCAUCCUAGAUCACUUCCCCCGAUUCUUGGAUACACCAGGCUUGAUUAACCAAGACUUCACAAUGCUAUUUGGAGAAGACGUCUCGGGCAAGUUUAUCGUGAAAUGGCCAACGUUCUACAAACCUAGGAUUAUCACUGUCUGCGAAAGCCUUCGCCCUGGUACUCAUGUGGAUGACCUUCUCUCUGCUCAAGAGGAAAUGAAUGAUUAUGGAUGGGACAGUGACUUGGCAGCUAUCCUCCUGCUUAUUCAUCUCUUGCCUCCAACCGCAAAAGGGAAAAGACAUGGGAAGAUCAGUGCCACUGAAGCUACUGACCAUGUGGUCAAGUUCAUGAAGGUGGGGACAAGCAUGGUGACAUUCCUUGACAGAGUUGGAUCAGCACAGCCCUUUCUCCUCUGUGUUGGAGAAAAGAAGAGUAGUAUCCAAAAGUUCUAUGUCAUCCUCGAUCAGAAGGCCAUCCCCUGUAUGGCGCAGACAGCUGUGGCUGCCUUCGACGAACUGUUUAAGGCCCACUUUGUCUUUGCUCAGAUCUCGGCGCCCUGGCCUGCAUGGCCAGAUCUUCAAAAGGUGCGACAAACCGACGACUGCGCCAAACUGCGCUACAGUAGAGUCUACGACACCAGGCACAAGGUCAGACCCCUACCCGAGUUACAGCCCGGGACCAGUGUUGCAGUAAAGCUUGACAAUGAGAAGGGCUACACUAAAUCGGCGUCAGUGGUGCAGAAGUGCGGCACACCACAGUCAUACAUCGUACAGAUGGCGAAAGGAAAGCUCCGAAGGAACAGGCACCACCUCAGACCCAUCCUAUGGGCCCCAAUGGCGCGUCCACAAGAACAGAGACUCAAAGACACAGUGGUAGAACGCCGCCUGUAA